AUGGUAGCAGCUAAAAAUAAAGCCAAAACUCAAAAGGAGCAGCAGCCCGCUGAACAGCCAAACCGGAUAUGCUGUUGUAAUUUGAAAGUAAGGUUUUUAAUUCUACCCCCUUCCCCCUCUACCCUAUUUUACCCUACUACUCUUAUUCUAUCCUACCUUAUCUUACCCUACAUUGUCUUAACUUAUUGUACUUUGCUCUAACCUACUUUGCUUUACCCUACCUUGUCUCACCUUUUACUAUCCCACCCUAUCUUACUACACUUUACUUUGCUUACUCUACCCUGCCUUGCUUUAACCACAACUUUGUUAAGACAUAAUCCAGAUUUCAAAGCAAAUAAUCUCAUUUCAGACAGCCGGCUACGUAGUAGGACUAGUCGAGAUCCUACUAUGCAUCCUAGCAGUGUACGGACUGUUCCGCAACUUCCAUCUCUUCGGAAUGUCCUAUUUCUUUUGGUUUGUCGUGGGCAUUAUCAGUAUCAUCAUCAUUCUGAUUGCCAUCGCCGUACUGUUCUAUGCGAUUAAGAAAGAGAAUCCUCGUUGGUUGUUACCUCAUUUGAGUGCCCAGAUCUUCUUGAUCUUGUUCUUGUUCAUUGUGGCAUUAGUUACGGCGAUUUUAUUGGCUUUGGGAGCGUAUCAGGGAAUCAGAAGGCUGAUCGGGCAUGGUGGAUUCUAUAUGAGUGAUUCUUGUAAGUUGAGAAAGGAAAGGGGUUUUAAGAGAUUUUUUAGAGGAGGGCGGGUGAGAUAUCAAAUUUUUUUUGAGCGGGGUAAAAAAGUAAAAAUUUUGGGAGGGGAGGGGUUAGGGGAGUAUGGGUAAAAAAAAAUUUUUUUAGUCAAAAUGAGUAAAAUAUGAAUUUUUUUAAAAGGGGUGGUAUUUCAAAAAAAAAUUUUUGUGGAUGGGGGGGGAGGGUAUAGUAAAAAAUUUUUUGUAAGGCAAGACGUAAAUUAUUUUUGUAUAAUUAAAAAUAAUUUUAGCUACCCGUGCACUUGGAAUCUUGAUCAUCAUCGUUUAUUUGGCUGUAGCCAUUCUGGAAAUCUUCUUUUUGUAUAUCAUUUGGAAGCUCUACAAGUAAGCCAUUUUUGAUUAUAAUUUAGUUUUUCUGAGUUUUAGACAAGAAAAGUAUAAGCCUUCAGCUUAGCAUUAACUUGGUUUCUAUCAAAUUUGAUUUUGGGCGGCCUGGUCUAGCUAGACAUAAGAAACGGACCGAACCUGAAUGUUAGUCCCGACCGGAUCAAAAUAUUGCUCAGGCUCGAGCCUAAAUUUUUUUACGUGGAAACGGGCCGGGUGCGGCUCAUUUUUAAGACCCGGCUCGUUUCUUAUGUCUAGGUCUAGCCUGAGUCUUUUUGCGCGGCAUGGUCUAGCCCGGACCGGACCUAGUGGGCCUUUUUUUUAAGUCUAAGGGGGGCUCUUUUGUACUCCUUUUUCUCACACGCAUUCAAAAAGAACGCUCCUACUUGUUAUAAAGGCCAGGCCAAGCCCAGUGGGUCCCCUUUCAAGCCUAGUUAUCGCCAAGACUUUUGUGCCAUAAUAUUAUACUUUAAGGCCAUAUAAAGCUAGUUUUAGUUUUAAAAAAAGCAACAUUACAUACUGUGAUACUAAGAGAAUUACAUUUUCAGACACCUGAAAGCCUACAAACAACUAGAAGAACAAAAACGCGACUUCAGACUAGGAGGUGCUGCCUACAACGCCAAUGACUGGUACAUCGCUCCAGAGAACGACAAAGCGUAUGGUGGAGGUCCGGAUGCCGGAGAUAUCUACCCAUACGAUGCGCCUUUUGAUCAACAAUGUUUGAUUUCAAUUUAA